AUGGCUUCAUCUACUGCUACGGCAACGGUGCGCAGCUCACCUGUGAGCGUGUUGUAUGCGGUGAUUGUGACUAUCUGCUUCUUCUCCUUCUCUCUGUCGCUCAUCCUCGACAUGGCUCGGUGCACCUGCCGCCUCUCGUCCACCCUGCUGAUGGCUGGCACCUACAUCCUGCUGACGAGCUCCCUGGGCCUGGUGGGAUUUGUUCACAUUGCCAUCAUGGAUUUCAUGCGGCUGCGCCUGCGCCUCAUCCAGAAGCUGCUCCAUCAAGAGUACGAAGGGAGUACUGGUAGAGAUCGUCCACAAACGACGGUCCAUCGGAGGAUUGCCAAGCUGUUCGAGUUCACCAAGCGGUGCUCCCAUUUGCUGGCAGAGUUGAAUGCAGUGUUUGGGUUCGCGGCUGCCGCCGGGCUCUUCUACGAGUUCAGCCUGAUGACCUGCUUUGUGUACGUGAUCUGCCAGAAGGUUCUGGGGUCCGAGGCCUGGGACCUAGAGUACACAUUCAUGCUGCUCCACGUCACGCUUCACUCCUACAAGCUAAUCAUCACCAGCACCUAUGGCUAUCUGCUUCAGCGGGAGAAGCGAAACUGCCUCCGCCUCCUUGGCCUCUACUCGCAGCACUUUCCCCAGCAGCCACUGGCCCGCAGUCAGGUGGAGGACUUCCAGCAUUGGCGCAUGCACAACAGGCAGGCGGCCCUCAUCGGGAGCAGCAUACCGCUCAGUGUGUCAACCAUUUUCCUGGUGUACAACGGCAUGGCCAACUAUGUGAUUAUCCUGGUGCAACUGCUAUUCCAGCAGCAGCAGAUCAAGGAGCGGCAGAGGGAAUUAGGUAGGGACGUGGACAUUGUGGGGCCAAUGGGUCCCCGCACUCAUUUGGAUUAG